AAGUGCUGCCCUGGUUGGACUCAAAGGGAUGGUGAACCAGGCUGUCUACAUAGGAUAUGCAGUGCCCAUAUGUGUUUCAAUGGAGGUCGAUGUGCAGAGAGUGGAGAUCAUAUAUGUGAUUGUCCAAAAGGCUUCAAAGGGACACGAUGCCAGUACGAUAUAAAUGAAUGUGAUGUGGACAAAGGAGGCUGUGAAGGUUACUGUUGCAAUACUAUUGGCAGCUACUACUGCAAGUGUCCUGAGGGCAGUGAGUUGGGGCCAGAUGGAAAAUCCUGUCAAGAUGUGGAUGAAUGUGCGGAGCUCAACGGAGGAUGCCAGCAGAGAUGCAUCAACACACCAGGCUCUUAUCAUUGUGAAUGUGGGGAAGGAUUCCGCAUGCAUACUGAUGGACGGACCUGCAUUGCUGUAAAUUCUUGCUUGGUGUUGAAUGGAGGUUGUGAGCACAAGUGUCUAGACAUGGGGAACAAUCACUAUAAAUGUGAGUGUCGAAAGAACUACAAGCUGAAGACAGAUGGGAGGCACUGUGAACUGAGGGACCCCUGUGAGGAGAGGAAUGGAGGCUGCACACAGCUGUGUGUCUCUGUAGAUGGCAAUGUUCAGUGCAGCUGCCGAGCUGGUUUUACUCUGGUUCAAGAUGGCAAGAGCUGUGAAGACAUUGAUGAGUGCAAUUCAGGUCAUGGCAAUUGCUCCCAUGGAUGCGUCAAUAUGUUGGGCUCCUUUAGAUGUGUCUGUCAUCCAGGCUUUGAGCUUGGCGCAGAUGGGAAACGGUGCUACCGCAUUGAAAUGGAGAUUGUUAACAGCUGUGAGAAGAAUAAUGGAGGUUGCUCUCAUCAAUGUGAGCACACCACCAAUGGGCCCCUUUGCUCAUGCCAUCUUGGCUACCAGUUGGACCACGACAGGAAGACCUGUGUAGACAGUGAUGAGUGUGUCAAUGGGGAAUCCUGUUGCAGUCACUUCUGCAGAAACUAUCCAGGCGGCUACGAAUGCAGCUGCCGAUCUGGUCACACACAAAAUCCAGAUGGCUGUGGCUGCGAUGACAUCGAUGAGUGCCUGACAGAGAGUUCAGGCUGUGAUCAUGACUGCGUCAACACUCUGGGAACAUAUGAGUGUUCUUGCCAACGGGGUUUCCGCCUUGAUGAAGAUCAGCACACUUGCAUUCCUUUGUAUGGUAGGGCGUUGGAGGAAGAAGAGGAGGAGGAAGAAGAAGAUGAUGAAGAGCUGGAAGUCUUCAGGUUACCAGAGCUGGUCUUCCGCAACAUUCCCCAGCUUCUCCACUACACAGCAGCAUUACAUUCUAGCUAUGGGAGUGAUAAUAAGGAUGAUGAUGGUAGUGACUUUGAUGAAGAGUUUGAGAGCUUCAAAAACCAUCCAGUACAAUUUCGACUCAACAGUCAAAUUGUGUGUCUGGAUAACACUUUUGGUGAGGACUGCAGUUGGCGAUGCGAAGACUGUGUAAAUGGAGACUGUGCUGAAAAUAAAGACCACUGUGAAUGCUCACCUGGAUGGGCUGGCGUUAUCUGUAAUGAAACUUGUCCACAGGGCACAUAUGGACUGACUUGUAACAGUCUGUGCCAAUGUAAGAAUGGAGGCACAUGUGACCCUGUGACCGGGACAUGUUCAUGCCCUCCUGGGAUACAAGGUCUACAGUGCGAGGAUGGUUGUCCGAGAGGCUAUUUCGGAAGUCAGUGUUUGAGAAAGUGCAAUUGUCCAAACAAUGGACCCUGCCAUCGUCUAUAUGGCGCUUGCCUGUGUUCCCCAGGAAUAUAUGGCCGACACUGCCAUUUGCCUUGUCCCAGAUGGACGCACGGCCCAGGCUGUUCGAAGGAAUGUGAGUGUGUUCAAGAACAUUCCACUGGCUGUGACCCCAAGAUUGGGAGCUGUAUAUGUAAGCCUGCAUACCAUGGCUCGCAAUGUGAAAAAGCUUGCCCAGCUGGACGCUAUGGUGAGAACUGUCAUCUGACUUGUGAUUGUAAUGAAGAUCCUUGUCAUCCUCGGACUGGACAGUGCAUCUGUUCUGCUGGCAAGGCCGGCCCCUCAUGUCAGGAUGCAUGUGAAACUGGUUGGUGGGGUGAAGGAUGCAACAAUAAAUGCCAGUGCCAAAACACUACUCUGGGCUGUGACCCUGUCACUGGUCACUGUGUGUGUGAGCUCGGCUUUACUGGACACAAAUGUGAAGAAAUGUGCCCGGACGGCUUUUACGGGCUUGGCUGUGGCCAGAUGUGUGAGUGCAGGAAUGGUGCCCGCUGCCACCACAUCACAGGAGCCUGCCAAUGCACGGCUGGCUGGGCAGGGCCUCACUGCAUUCUGGCUUGUUCCAAUGGAUUAUUUGGCGAGGGCUGCAAGCAAAAGUGUGACUGUGUCCACAGUUCAAGUUGCCACCAUGUGACAGGCCACUGCCAAUGUGAGCCUGGCUGGAGAGGAGCCAAUUGUGACAAACCUUGCCUCUUGGGGUUCUUUGGUGCUUCCUGUACCCAGCGAUGCCAGUGCCCGGAUGGUGUUUCUUGUCAUCAUGUGACAGGGGUCUGUGGUUGCCCUGCUGGACUCACAGGGCCCAGCUGUGAGAAAACUUGUCCGGCUGCUAUGUAUGGGACCAACUGUAGUCAGCUAUGCCAGUGUUCAGGAGACCAUGAGCAGUGCCAUCCAGUUACGGGGAGCUGUAGUUGUUUACCUGGUUACUAUGGAGCAAGCUGCAAGUUAAGAUGUCGCUCAGGCACUUAUGGACCAAACUGCAAGUCACGAUGUAGUUGUCUCAAUGGUGGCCGCUGUGACUUCAGGACAGGCAUUUGCUACUGUCCACCAGGCUUCAUCGGAGUAGACUGCAGCUCCCGCUGCCCAACUGGGUACUAUGGCAAAGACUGUGCUAAAUUGUGUUCAUGUGGGGAAGGCGGCCAGUGCCAUCCUGCAAAUGGAAGAUGUAUUUGUGCAAUUGGGAGAAUGGGACAGUUCUGUCAAGUUUGUCCCAGCGGGCGUUAUGGGCUUCAAUGCCGCUACACAUGCAGAUGUCAAAACGGUGGUCAGUGUGAUCCAAUAGAUGGUAAAUGCAACUGUGGCCUUGGUUGGACUGGACCGGACUGUGAUACAGCAUGUUCCCAGGGAAAAUAUGGUGAAAAUUGCUCUCAAGACUGUCGUUGCCUCAAUGGUGGGACAUGUGACCGCUUUAUUGGCACCUGCAACUGUACAGCUGGUUACUACGGCCACUCCUGUCAACAUAGGUGCCCACUUGGUUUUUUUGGAAUCAACUGUGCCUUUACUUGUGACUGUGUGAGUGGGCAGACCUGCAAUUCCGUGACAGGACGAUGUGUGUGUCCACCAGGCUACUAUGGGCCUAAGUGUCAAAGCCGCUGUGAAGCUGGCAAAUUUGGCUCUAUGUGUAAAAGGUCUUGUGAUUGUUCAGGUGGGUCCUGUGACCCAGCCACUGGACAUUGCCUCUGUCCUCCAGGAAAGACUGGACAGAUAUGUGAAAAAGACUGUGGUGGGGAUCGGUUUGGCCCAGAUUGUGCUCUGUCUUGUCAGUGUUCUCACGGGGCCCGCUGUAAUGGGGUGACUGGACGCUGUCAGUGCCCACUCACCUGGCUGGGCCCCACCUGUGGUGAAGUGCUGCUUCAUCAAACAAGAGGACAGCUGAACUUUUCUGUGUCCCAAAGAAAGAGAAGAAUGGGUAGUAAAAAUGUAUAAACACCAACAUGAGAACACAAAUGUAAUAUGGAGUCAUGUGACUUAUCUGUCAGAAUGUGGUGUUCCAUCCCUGAGCCCGGAGCUCAAGACAAUCAACCAGUAAACUUGAUCGGUGAGCCGGCCUCAGAGAGCAACAAAGUGUUUCCUUUAUAAAACUGUUUUGGUGUAGAUAAGACAUUAUAAAGGGAAUAUGUAUAUGGUUAAUGAAAGUAUAAUGUUAUUGAAUGAAUACUUUCUGAAACCCUGCAAUUGAUAGACCCAAUGUUCAGGGUGGACCCCACCUUUUACCCAAUCACCUCUGACAGGCUUCCUGCUACUGCGUAUACUUCAUGAUGUCCUGUAUUUACAUAUUCCAGAAAGUAUGCCACAGAGUCGGUAUUGAGUUAACAUUUAGUAUAGAGGGAAAAAAAGCAGACACCAGUAUUGAUUGCCUUGCACUUAAUAAUCUGUUCUUAGUUAUACUUCUCUGUUGUGUGUUGUGGUUUCAAACAGCCCUGACGUUGUGUUUUCAGGAUACCUAAUUUAAACAAUAGAAAUAAAUGGUAUCUUUGUACUAAAUUUCUAUAAGCAAAUUUGUUAACUGACUUCCGAUUUGCAUACAUCCAUUUAAUUGUCCCAUUCAUUUUUAUGUAAUAUUUGUUCAGCUCUGCCUUGUUUAGUGAAUUACAAUUUCUCCUAACAUUAGAAAACACUAAUUGUACAGCGUUACAAUAUA